AAAAAAACCCAGCCAUUAUCUGGAUGAAAGAUAAAAGGUUCCAUUCCGGCACAAAAAAAUUUUCACCGGAAAUGACUGGGUUGAAACGGAUUGUGCGGAAUAGGUCCUAUAGGUCCUACAGCUACUAAUAUUUUAAUUUGACAAGUUUAUGUUUUAUCUUAUCUUCGAACUGGUUGCACACUUCUUUAUCUAUUCUCUCGCUCUUCACAGCCUGCAUCGCUGAGUAUUAUUAAGUCGCUAAACUUGACUUCAUUCCACAGUUAAUCUUGAACACUAGACACACAAAAUUUUCUCUGGGAAACCAUUGUAAUUUUGUAGUUGCAGUCAUGCUGGUAGUGCAAGUGUUGACUGCCGUGUUGGCCCUUUCAUGUUAUUGUGAUUUUUCAGCAUACGGGAAUGUUCUUUAUAUUGAAACAUCAUCUUCUUCUCCCAGAAAUGAUCUCACCACUCUUACUUCUGGCAUCACGUCUUCAGUUUUGAGUGGAUUGGGAGAUAGCGAUUUAAAGGCACUCUCAACAGAUUUUCAAAUUGGUAAAACAUCCAUAUCAGAUACAGAGACGGCAUUGUCAACAGUUUGGACUACAGGACUACCUUCAUCGACUAUCAUCUCCAUUUCCGUGCCUGAAAUUAUUUCAAAUCCUGAAGGAAUCGGUAAAAAUGAAACCCUCGCGACAGAACCAACAACUAUUUUAUCAUCCAGUACUGAAGAGACCACAUUAACAUCUAAUAUUGAAACCUCAACGACAACCGCUGUGAAAUCUUCUGGCACGUCACAAGUCGCCUUGAUUUCAACCAAUGAAGAAACAUCGACUUCAGAUACUUCGCCUAAAGCUGAUCAGUCCAGUGCUACUGUCACGGCACCGGAAAGUACAAUACCAACUACUCCGACAAUCUACAGCUUCACGAACCCGUCAUUGGCUAUGAUCACCACAUCGUCUACUAUUGAGACCUCAACGACAACUGCUGUGAUAUCUUCUGGCACGUCACAAGUCACCUCGAUUUCAACCAAUGAAUCGCCUUCUGAUACUUCGCCUUCAACCGAUUGGACGAUUGCUGAUCUCACGACACCAGAAAUGACACUUUCAACUACCUCGGGAAUCUUUCCGACGGUCUCAGACAGCUACACGGAUCUGUCAUCGACUGAGGUCUCCAUUCCUAUUACUAAAAUUACUUCAACUCCUGAAUAUACCAGUGAAAAUGGACCCCUCUCGACAGAACCAACAACAAAUUCAUCACCCAGUACGGAAGAGACCACAGUAACAUUUAAUAUGGAAACCUCAACGACAACUACUGUGAUAUCUUCCGAAACUUCACAAGUCACCUCGAUUUCAACCAAUGAAAUAACAUCGACUUCUGAUACUUCGCCCACAACCGAUUGGACGAGUACUGCAGUCACGACACCGGGAAGUGCUCUACCAACUACCCCAUUCUGUGAAUGCGAUUCCAUGAAACUAGUAUUGGGAACGGUACUAGUGGGAAAUAGUUGGUUUGCUGUUCCACUCAACUCAACUGCUUCUAACCCAGAAUGUGGUCUUGAAAAGCUUAUUGGGUUAGAUGUGGUCGUUGAAGGUCCCACCGACAAAGACGAAGCAUUCCCUUCAAUAGUUCAGAAUUGUUUUUCGUCAGUCGAUUGUUUGGAUGGAAAAGACAAUUUUUUCAUUUUUAACUCGUCGGUCUGUUGCGAGAACAUAAUCAUUCUUCAGUGUAGCAAUUAUAUUUUUAAGAUGGCUCCACAAUAUUCCACUUGUGUGGGAAAUCCUGAUCCCACUGACGGUGUAAUUUUUACUCUGCCAGGUCCCGAUGCGGCCCCUGAAAAUGUUACAGUGCUUGAUACGGGAAGUGACUGGAUCACAAUGACUUGGCAAGAUUUACCGUUUUGUUUAAAAACAGUGAAUUCCUUUUUUAUGCGAUUCAAUCCUUUGGAUCCCAAUGCUUUGGGCAAUAACACCAUAAACAUCGAAGUUCCUUCAAACUGUACGAAUAGAUCGUUCGUCACUGGAGUGACCGAUUUCGAUUCCAAGACGUGUCCAGAAUUAUUUAGUUUGGAUCCUUGUACUAACUACUCCGUUACCGUCGAGGUGGAAGUCUUUGACAUGUAUCUGUCUGAACCAAGUCAAAGUGUCACGUUCAACACCAAACCACCGGAAGAUUUAGUAACGCAGAUAGGACAGAUCGAAUCGGGUUCGGAUUGGCUGACGUUUCAAUGGAACUUAUCCGUUCCACAAUGUCACAUGGCUACUUCCGGUUUUCGAUUAAAUUUGACCAAUUCACGGAAUAACAGCUAUGGAACAUACAAUUGUAACCUAAACACCCCUCCAUCAGUUGAUUCCAAAUUCGUGUUCAACACCAGUUCUAAUGACUGCGGUGAAAGCGUUAAUGUGGCGGCUUGUUCUGAUUAUGACAUAGCCGUCAUUCCCAAAGUUUUUGACUUAUUGUAUGAUGGAUCUUCCGGUAGGGCAUUGGGAAGGACAACAUGUGAAACUAUAAAAGCCUUUAUUGCUUCCAUUGAUUCCGGCUCCGAUUGGAUUAGCUUCAACUGGACAACUAGUGUUGAGGAUUGCAGAAAAGUCUUGACUGGAUUCUGGCUCAGUAUCGCCUCCACAGAGCAACCAGAAAAACAGGAUUCGUUUCAGUUUAUAUCCAUGAAUGACUGUUACUGUAAUUUGAAAGAAGAUCAAGCAAUCAUGUUCAACACUAGCAAAGCUUGUAACAGUUGGAUCAAUCCUGGCAUCUCUCCUUGCUCUGAGUAUGAAAUAAUUAUAGUCCCACAGUUCUUUAAUAGUUUAAAUGGAAGUACUGGACCUCUCAACAAAACUGAUACACUUCCAGAUGACAAGAUGACGCCAGUAACACAAAAUAUCGGAGCUGGCAAAAACUGGAUCAGUUUCGAAUGGCAAGCCUCAUUAAAUACCUGUCGCGACGCUGUUACUGGUCUCUGGAUUUCUAUGAAACCUAGUACGUCGAAUGAGCGCCUUUGCUCACUCGAAUCUACUAGUGAUAAAUUUAUCACCUUCAACACGAGCUCAGUAUGCUUCAAUGAGACCUUAUCGCCGUGUACACCUUACACUUUUGAAAUCAAGCUGGACAUAAACGGAAAAAUAGGACAAUUCAGCAUGGUCAUUGAAAUGACGACUCCCGGAGAAGAUGCCACUGCACUUAUCAGUAACCACAAGUACGGCGUGAAAUGGAUAAGUUUUUGGUGGCAGUCUUCUGUUCCCGAGUGUCAACGUUUUGUUACGGGAUAUCAGUUAAACGUCACAGAUCUUUUUAACGGCGCGUCUCAGUUCCAAAAUUUACCUCGAAACUGCAGCAUUAUCUCGACGCAACCUGAAAUUAUCUUUAACAGCAUUUUACCCUGCACUGAAGUUGAGAUAUUCCCUUGUUCAAGCUACUUAAUUUCUUUAGCACCAGUAUUUCGUAUUAACGAUCGGACGGUAAUCAAUGGUGUCAGCGCAUUUAUUAAAAUAGGAACUCAAUCAGGAGAACAAGGUGAAAUUGAGCAUCCAAAAGUAAUUUCUCAAGGAACGAAUUCGCUCACAUUGGGCUGGAAUGAGCCAAAGUGCCGCAAUCUUAUUUACUACAAUGUUACUGUGAUGCCUAACUGGAAAUCAGAACCAAGAACAUACUUGAAAAUUACUCCCGACUGUCUUGAUAAGGAUCCAAGCGGAAACGUAUCUGUGAUACUAAAUGCAACUACGUGUCAAAAUGGUUACGAGUUCGUUUCAUGCGCUCCAUAUAACAUCAAAGUGCUGCCCGUUUACCAGUUGCCAAGCGCCAAUGAAGAUCUUGUUGGAUGGGCAAAUGACACGCAAACACUUCCUUUUGAAUACGAAGCAGCCGUUAGCAACUUGACUGUUCUGGAUGUUGGCACACGGUGGAUAUCAAUAUCGUGGCCGAUUCCGCCCUGUCGAGUAAAUGUUAGUGAGUGGAUUCUUUCACAAAAUGAAAGCGAUAAAAUUAGCUUACCUCCAGAUUGCCCGGCAAAAAAGGUUGACGGAAACUAUUUAACUCUUAAUAUCUCAGACACUAUAUUCUGCAGUGGUAGUAAUUAUUCGAGAGAGUUUGUCCCUAUUAUCCCGUGCACUAACUACACUCUUGGAAUGAAUGUCAAGUACCCCAAUUGGGAAGUUCAAAAUGGAAGCAAUAAUGUAAUUUCAAAAGACACCGAAGUUGAGCCACCUGGAGAGGUAUUUAACGUAACGUGGAACGGUACGAGUAAUGACAUUUUUCUGAAAUGGGAGGAACCGAGGAAGAAUCCACAAUGUGUUCGUGGCUAUCAAAUCAGUUGGAAUGAUAAACAAAACUUUACUACACAGACGCAUAUCUUCCUUGCGGGUUUGGAGCCGUGUUCCAAAUUUCCAGUAAGAGUAAAUGCUCUCCCGGAUUCUUCAAUAAAGGACGAGAGUCGCAUUCCUUACUAUGUCUCCACAGAUAGUGUCGCUCCCGCGCCUAUAACAUCUGAAAUCAACGUAGUCAAACAGCAAAACGGUUGGACGCGUAACGUAUCGUGGCUCAAGCCCAAAGAAGAUUAUUGUAUUUCAGGAUACAAUAUAAACGUUAUAAGAGCAACAUCAACGGAAGUUGUUUAUAAUUCGACAAUCUAUGGAAAGAAUAAAACAUGGAUUACGUUGAGCGAAGAAUUUGAACAGGGAAAUUUAUACAAUAUUUCGAUAUCUUCCUUUUACUCUUUUAAAGAACCAAUUUCGAGUGAUUAUGUUUCUCACUCAUUCACUUGGGACUCGGCAUCAAAUCCGACUGUACCCUUUGCGAUAGUUUGUGGCAUUGUGUUCCCAAUUCUAGCGCUCGCAAUUAUUUGCUCAGUUGUGCUAAUUCGUAAAAGUUCUAUUUUCGCUUCAGAAAGAUUUUCCGAUGACACCAGAUCAACACCAAGUAUUCAUAAUAAAGCUUUGAAUAGUCGAAGACCUGUUAUGAUCAAAGAAUUGAGAUGUACAAUCGAGUGGUUAGACGCGAACUCUAACUACGAAUUGAGCAAGGAAUAUGAAAUGGUAAAGUCCUUGACUGAUAAGACGGCAACUUGCACCGUGGCUCAAUUACCUGAAAACCGUGCCAAGAACCGCUACUCCGACAUCCUUCCAUAUGAUCAUUCUAGAGUCAAACUCACAACCGUUCCUCCUUUAUUGGAUUACAUCAACGCCUCGUUCAUAUCGGACUAUGCUGGAAAUCGAGCCUACAUUGCCUCACAAGGACCUAAACCAUCGACGAUUGGAGAUUUUUGGCUUAUGUGUUUUGAGCAAAAUGUGAAAGUUAUUGUUGCACUGACAAUGUUAGAAGAGAGAGGAAAGAUAAAAUGUGCUCAAUAUUGGCCAUCAACCGAAUCGUGUGAAUUUGGUGAUUUUUAUGUUAAACUGACUAAAGAAGUGAUUGGGGAUGACUACACCACGCGAGACUUCUUGGUUUCUAAAAUAUCCAGCAACGGAAGCAUCGCCCCUAAAUUUAUAAAACAGAUGCACUUUACUGUAUGGCCAGAUUUCGGCUGCCCAGAAAAUCCAGAACAGCUCGUCAACUUUAUCCAAGCAAUGCGAAAAGAGAGCAUUUAUCUGAACGACAAAUACCGCGCCAAUAGCCCCAUAGUUGUCCAUUGCAGUGCUGGAGUUGGAAGAACCGGAACUUUGAUAGCAUUAGAUCUUCUCAUGGAGCAAGCUCGCUGCAAGAAAAUAGUCGAUAUUGUGCACACGGUUCUUAAAUUACGUAAAGAUCGCGACCGAAUGGUCCAAACAGAGGGACAGUAUCAUUUUCUCUACAAAUGUAUCUAUGCUUACGCCCGUAAUGAGUUACAGUUGAGAAAGUUAAUCACAAAGUCAACUUCAAAUUCGACCAUGUUCUGUGAGACGUAUGAUGAUAUUCCGCUUACUCCUCUUUCUUUUUUUCAGAAAAAUCCGUUUGCCAACCAUUACAGCCGCAAAUCUUCAUUCGCCACGGUGUAAUAUAGUGUCAAAUAUGAUUGUAAAAUGUUAGGGCAUGGAAAAAUUGGUCCAAUCCGUGUGAAUGUAAAUACUUUGUUGUUUUAAGUCAGUGUCAAAUAAGUCAUGUGUGGAACUACUUUUUAAAAAUGCAUAUUAUUCUACUCGUUGAAUUGGUAAACGCCUUCAGCGUUUCGGCUUUCAGUUGCUUGUGACACAAGGAUGGGAUCUAAGAGAACGUUAAAUGUAAAUUCACAUAAGAUGCCGCGUAAUACACCGCAAGAUAACGCAAGUAGAUAAAAACGACCGAACAGCCGAAAGAAAAAAAUUAUAUACAUUUAUCAUUGCUUACAAUUGAUUGUAGGAAUAACAACAGGUGCCCAAAAGACUACCCAGCAAAGCUGGAUUAACUUUGGUUUUGAUUUAUCAACGACGCCGACAUUCUUCAGUUUGUGUGUACAGCCAUCCUGUGUAACGAUUUAAUACUGAUCUUUGAUCUAUUCUAUAGGUUUAUUUGCUUGUCAAAAUGUUUGCAGGUCAUUUCAUUUAUUCAAACGACUUUGACGUUACAAAUUUAUUUAACCUAAUCGCAUUAUAUAAAAUCAGCUGGAAUUGAAACUAGAACUAGAAGUGAAAAAUAUGGGCGUACACGAUAUCGCAUUUCACAUAAAGGUAACGCCUGUUUGAAAGCGCAGACUGUAUAAGCGGCGUCGCUCAUAUAUGUAUACA